AGUACUCAGUAGACGCUCAUAUUUUUCCUUUGGAGGGAAAAAACAGUUUCAGCUUCAAACUGAAAAACAGCUUUAUCAAAAUUCAACUUUUUGAAUCGCAAUUUCAUUUUCUUUUUUCUCCAUUAAUUUCUUCAAAUUCGCUAUCGAUUUGCUUCAAGAAUCGCACGCACAAUCGCAGUUCUCUGAAGAUUUUGGAAAAUUCUGGAAUUAUCAGCCGGUUGAAGUUCUAAUUACGCAGGUGAUUGUUACUCCAUGGAUUUGCCCUCUACAUCAUCUCAAGGGGGUGGCAAUGAAGUUGUUCAUUCGAACAUGGUUCUUAAGAAAAAUAAACUCGUUCGAGGUAUAAAGAGGCUGUUAUAUUCGUUCGGCUGUGAUAGGGAAGGGAAGAGUCUAGAGAAAGGGCCCGGAAUAGAGUUGCAUAAAGAACGAGUAGAUUUGUUUAUCGAGCAAAUACUCGAUGGUAAAUGGGAUGAAAGUCUAUCUACACUUCGUGAUAUUGGUAAAAAAUAUGUUGACAAGAUAUCCUUGCUUAUAUUGGAGCACAAAUUUUACGAACUGUUAUCUGGAGACAAAGUCAUAGAAGCUAGUAAGACUCUUAGGUACGAGAUCGCUCCACUUGAGAACAGUGAUGAAAUAACUCGUAAGCUCUCUGCUUUGAUUUUAUCUCCAUCCCAGAAUUUAUGCGGUCAAGAAUCGGGACUCUGGUUUCGUAGUAGAGUAUUAGAGGAUUUGGAAAAUCUGCUUCUCACUACAAAAUCAUUGAAGUUUAAUCAUCAACGUGGAAAAGACGAGGUUCCUUAUAAUACACAGACAUUAAAGAGUUCCGGGCAGGGUGAAGUGUGGUCCAUGCAAUUUUCUGACUGUGGGCAAUAUUUGGCUGCCACCAGUGGUAAUCGUGUGAAUAUGUGGGAGUUUCGGGAGUCCGGCUCGAUUGUGCCUUGGAGUACAUUAGUGGGUCACAUACAACCAGUCUCGUAUAUUACAUGGAGAAGCAAUGCUCUUCAACUUCUGACCUGUGGUGUAGAGGAGAACGUGAGGCGGUGGAACACUUCUCGCACAGGAAUCUGUCUCCACACGUACCGAAGAGAGAAUCUUGGCACAGUCUCGUGUGCGUGGGCCCCAGAUGGGGAGAGUAUAUUCGCUGGUCUUAAUAACGGCAGUAUUGUCAUGUGGAAUCUACAAGGAGAAGAGCUUCGAAUUUGGGAAGGCAGUAGAACCACAAGGAUUGCUGACCUGGCGAUCGCUCGUGGCAGUGGGGAGCUCAUAACUACCUGUAAUUACCGUACGAUACGUUUCUUCGGAUGGGAGACCGGCGCCGAGAGAUUCAUCAACGAAGAUGCCGAUAUAGUUUCGUUUUCAGUGUCGGAAGAUGGUUUUUAUCUGCUUGUUAGCUUGGCCAAUGAAACAAUUGAUCUGUGGGACAUACGACCUGAAAAUCCCGGGUUGUUGAAGACUUUCGAGGGGCAUAAACGUAAAAGAUACGUUGUGAGGGCUUGUUUUUGUGGACUGUUUAUUGCUAGUGGAAGCGAGGACUCCAAGGUAUACGUGUGGCAUAGGGGAACGGGAAGGCUGGUUGGUGUGUUUGUUGGUCAUUCGGACACUGUGAACUGUGUGAGCUGGAAUCGAGCUCGUCAUCUUAUGCUGGUUUCUGGAAGUGACGAUCGUAUCGUAAAAGGCUGGGAUGUUCUUGAGACCACGUACUCUACUGUUUUGAUAAGAGAACGUGAUUACCUGGUGCUGCAAGUGAGGCAAUUGAUUGAAAUGAUGAAUCAAUUGCAGAUUUAAAUCACAUGAAGUUGUGUCUGGAAAAAGGAAGAGAUGAGUAAAGACAAGAAAGUAUACAAUCAAUCAUAUGUUGUUUCAUAUGUGGAUUUUCUUGAUUAGUUGUAUAGUUUGUUUACACUUUUGCUAUUUUUUUUUCUUUUUUCUUUUGUAAAUUGAAUUCUACACAUUGGAAAUUGACAG